AUGUCUCAUCACUGUGAACACGAACAUCACGAUCAUCGUCAUGAUCACACCCCACCUGCAACAACGUAUGCAACACAGUCUCUUUUUGAAGUGAUAGAUACACCCAAGAUCAAGGUGCUGAAUGGUAUUCCAAUCAAUGGCCAGGGUGCCAAUGUAUUCAUAAAGGCUCAAAAUGAAAGAGCUGACACAACACGUUAUCUGCAAUCUGAUACAGACUGUCAAAUCGUCAUACAUAUUCCAUUUCUAUCAUCCUGCAAAUUGUAUUCCAUGAUUAUAAGAGCAAAUAACGAGCUUGAUGAUGAGGAAUUCAGUAUUCCCAAAGAAAUAUACGUUUACAAGAAUUUUAACAAGGUUUUAAAUUUUGAUAGCGUUAAUAAGACAAAGAAUGAUCUUCAAUUAGUUUAUCCAUCUUUACAAAGAGAUAAGGAAGACAUCGAAUUUCAUUUACCAAAACUUAAAUUCCAAAACACUGAUUCAAUAACUUUAUUCAUCAAGAAUAACUGGUCACAGGACGAAGAUUUGAACUGUAAAAUUUUCUAUAUUGAAAUCAGAGGGGAAAUUAAUAAUCGAUUAAAAAAAUCCAACGAAACAAAUGGAUUCGCUGCAACUUCCUAUGAAAGUAGAGCCAAUCCAUUGGACCACAAGCCAUUAGAAUCCAGUAACGGAUUCAUCAAUCUUGGUAUGUGA